AUCUCGGGGAGCAUCAGAGGCGACGUGAGCUACAUUUCGGAAAGCUGAUACAGCAGUUGUUUCUCUCUUAACUUAACAAAAGAGUACUUGCCCAACAUGAGAGCCGGAUCUUACACUCAGAAGAGCUUGCAAGUUAGCAGCUCUGGCAGCAGAGUGAGGGUUCAGAGCCCGUCGCCUUCCCGGUGCCGUGGAUCCUCAUAUGACAAUCGUGGACGUUCAGGUUAUCGUGGCGGCACUGCCGUUGAGUUGGGCACAGAGAUACAUCAGCACCAUGCCAAUGAGAAAGAGGAAAUGCAGGAACUCAAUGUCAAGUUUGCAGGAUAUAUUGAGAAGGUCCAAGCUCUAGAGCAGAGAAAUGCUGCUCUUCAAGCUGAGCUUGCUUCUCUUCAGAGCCGCUACAAGGGAGGCCCCACAGGCAUCAGUGAAGAGUAUGAGCUCAAGUUCAAAGAGGUGCGAGAGCUGAUUGAGACCCUGACUAAUGAGAAGGGAGCGGCUGACAUUGAAAGGGGCUACCUUGACGAGGAGGUUGAAGUAUGGAGACUAAAGCUUGAGGAGGAGCUGGCACUUAAAGAGGAGGCAGAAAUGAUCCUGAGGGAGUUUCGCCAAGAUGUUGACAAUGCAACACUGCAGAAGGCUGAGCUCGAGAAGCGCAUUGAGCAACUGGUGGCUGAGAUCGAGUUUCUCAAGAAGCUGCAUGAUGAAGAGGUGGCUGACAUCAUGAAGCAAAUUGAGGACUCAAAGGUUACUGCUGAACUUGAUGGCGAUCGUCCUGAUCUGGCUGCCUACCUGCGCAACAUGCGCACAGAGAUCGAGGCUGUUGCUGCCCGCAAUGUCCAGGAAGCUGAGAAGUGGUACAAGACCAAGUUUGACACACUCAAGGAGCAUGCUGGCAAACAUGAAGAACAUAUGAAGACCAUGAAAGAUGAGAUCUCAACUUUCCAUAACCAGGUGACAGACCUGCAGAACCAGAUUGAUGGGCUGAGGGCACGCAACGCUGCCCUGGAGCAGCAGCUGGAGGACAUGGAGAUUGCCCACAUUGACAAGGUGGGAGGUCUAGAGGGUGUCAUUGCUCAAUUAGAAGCCCAGCUCUGCGAAACCAAACUGGAGAUGACCAAAUAUCUCCAAGACUAUCAGGAACUGCUGCACAUUAAGCUCAAGCUGGAUGCAGAGAUUGCCACAUACAGGAAGCUGCUGGAAGGAGAAGAGAACAGGCUUGGAAUUGCAAAAGAUGCCUAAAUAUCCUGGGUGAGAGGAGCAGGAGGUCUAAAGCAGCAGCAGCACAGCAUCGUGGAGUGAAGAGACUAGCUAGUCAAGUUAAAGACUCUUCCCUGUCAUUUGCCCUCCUAGCAGCAAUGGUUGGGUAUUAUUCAGAAUUUUCCCCCACCACUAUGGAUAUGACACAAAGUUUCAGAACAGGUACCUGAUCAGUAUUGAUACUGUUCUUUUCUUCUUAAACAGAGUCACAGCAGUCCAAAAUUGACAUCUUUACUCUGUAAAAAUCAAAGAAAUAUUUAUGUCUGUGAUUUCCCAAGUUGAUUUAAAUCAGAGAAAAGAGGUAGACAAAAGAAGGUAAAGACAAUAGAACAAAAAAGCUGAUGAAUCAUACCAUCCAUUUGAUGCCAGCUUUGUGCACAGUUUUAACAGAAUUAUGUUGAGAUUCACUACCUAGCCCUAAAUGUAACCCCACAUGUCACACUGUGUCCCCAUUAUUCUUAAGAAUAUAUGCCUUUGCUUGUGUUACAGACCUUUUUACUUUACAUCAUUUUCAUUUCCUUUUCAGUACAUUGAGUACCCCCUUUCUGUUUGUCUUUAUUCCUUUCCUUUUCUUUACUCCUGCUCCUACACUACCCCCCACCCCAUUAUACCUCUAUCAACUCCCUUUGCCACUGUUGUUCACCUUUUGCCAUUACUGCUUCUCAUCAUAAUAAAAUGUUUGAAUCCCACCACCGUCACAAUAAAAUAGCAUUAUUCUGCCUUGAUGUGUCAUAUCUCAGCCCAAACGGAGCAGAACUAAUUGCCAUCAUCAUAUUAUGACUGGUCUUCGCACUUAACAUUUUUAUUCCAAAUGUUUUGAAAACAUGCAACUAUUGACCAUAUACACUAAUGUUGAUCAACUGGUACUUAAUAAAGAUUGAAGUGAGUGCAUUCAAAAUAAUGCAGUGAUGGUU